AUGACUAUUGAAAAAGCUGAGAAUGACACUCUUUGGACUACAGAGGACGACAAAGGAGGUUCGAAGAGAAGAUUAACAGGUAGAAAAGGCAAUACAAUCUUACCGCUCGUUGGACCAAGGCUAUCGGUCGCUCUCCUGCAUGACGAAAAGAUUCCGGUUUAUCAUCAAUUAGUAUUAUCUGGCAAAUUUGAGGCAAAUCGAACGAGAAUCAUCGCGGGCGGCGUUGGUCUUUUCUACAUUUCAUAUGGGCCAUGUCGGUACUUGGGACCGGUAGCGUGCUUUAUCGCGUACAGCUUCAUGUUACAUUGCUACAGUCACUGCCAAGCAGAUGCAAAGUUCAAUGCAUGCUAUUCCUCAUCUAUAUCCCAUCAUUUUUACAAUUUGUUUUCUUCUGCUUUACACUUGAUCGCGAGUCUUUGGUGA